UGAUGAACGCAAAUUCUCCACAAGUUCACUCUACGCGUUUAUCAUCAUCUCAGGCCUGCUAAAACAUCAAUUUCCUCUUACGACGUCCCCUCCUCACUCGUGCCCACUUCCCUCUCUUCGUAUGCUAUCAAUCCUGUUCGUUCCUCGACGUUCUCUGUUCUCAACAAUCCUUCUCUUACAUGGCUGAUCCGUCCCGCAACGGAGUGUCCAUAGGUUCACAAUCGCUCCAAUAUCAUCCUGACAACUGUUUUGCUUCCCGAAGCUUUCUACCCCGACAGUCGCUCCAGUCUGUCAGGUCAUCUGCAACACGCAGUCGUCUACAGCUAUAUCGACCCAUGACUGUGGUCCACACCUUCCCACCUAACUCUCUCACACUCUAUUGCUUGUGCAAAUCACAAAGGUUCUUCCCUUCCAGUCGCCCCUCCAACCGGCGUUCCCAACACGACAUACUUUCCGGCGAAGGGUUUGAUUCUUCGACGCCACCGGCAUUUCGGAAUGGGGGAAGCUUCAGAAUCUGAGAAAGCUCCCGGGCUCUUAGCUAAAGUGUAACUCUAUGAAUGCCGGACAGCGGCGAUUACGGGGAGCUUCUCUAGAGCGUUUGCCUUUCUGCGUAUGUAGUACCCAAGUAUACUAGACCUUCGCGGUUCAUGACUUCGGC